AUGUCGAAUUCGAAUUGUGAUAAUAGUCAAAUAAAAUGUGAAAUAGAAUCAUCCAAUAGUCAGCAACCGAUUCAUCGGUACAAUCUAAGAAAAAGAAGACAUACACAAAUAACAAAUGCAUUGGUAAUUGAUGAAACAACACCAAUAUCAGUUGCAGAUGUAGAAAAAGUCGUUGAUAGUUUACUCAAAUAUCGUGAUAAACAAACAUUAGAAAAUAAAGAUAGCAUGGAAAUGCUAAUGAAUGACUUGUGUACAAAAUUACCAUCAUUAAAAUCCGCAUUAGAAUCAGAUUUAUUUGUUUUGAGAACCGAAACAAAUGUAAAUGUAUUAAUAAAACGGUUUAGUUUUGUUAUUUUAUAUUAUUUGCUAAAUUCACAUUGGCCUUACAUAGAAAAAAUGAAAUGUUUUAACCGUAUUAAAUCAUUCUUCCACUUUUUACAAGGUUUAAUCAAAUGUAAUGUUCUUGUAAAAUUGAAAACGGUUACUAAUCAAGGCAAGUUUGAAAAUGCAGCAAAAUUUAUGUACAUAGGUGAUUCAGGUGUCUAUACUGUUUUUUUCAAAACAACGAUUAAAAAAAGACUAAACAGUUCAACUUAA